UGAUAGGAGGGAGGGAGGAGAGGGGGAGGAGAGGGAGGAUGGACAAGCAUCACAAGCCUCCGUCAGAUGGGCUCGAGGCUCUUUGGAGCAACAGAUAGCAGAGCGGCAGCAGCCAGAAGGAGAGGAGAGGAGAGAAAAGGGAGGAUUUGCUCUCUCCAUCUCUACGACACACUUCUCUCCUCCUCCCUCUUGGACACGGGUAUCCCACAACUUUGAGGCUUUCCCCCCUUCUCCUGCUCCUCCCUCCUCCUCCUCCCCUUUCUUGCGCACGCUGCGUUUGCUUUGCUCCGGAGGUUUUGGCGCACGCCUUUGCGACUAAAAAUUCGAGGGAGCCACCGGACGGACUGUGCGGAGAUGCGGGGACAGCUCCCUGCAUGCUGUGCCUUUCUCCACCGCCGAGGGCACGUAGGUUUAAGGUCUACCACUUUGUGCGAGUGUGCGCGUGCCCGUGCGCGUGUGCACAGAUGGAGCUGUGCGCUCCGAGUGUGAGCGCUGCAGACAGAGUGGCCGCGCUCCUCCCGGACACCUGCUGCUGCUGCUGCUGCUGCUGCAGCGCGUCGCUGAUGUGAAGACGAAGAAAGUCCAAACCUCCGCAAACAUGUGACGCUUUUUCCUCUCCUUAAGGGAACUACAAACGGGGUCAAGAGCCAAAAAGAGAAGGUGUUGCACGAGUGUGACCCCCCCUUCCCCUCCUCCCUCCUCUUCUUCAGGAUGGGUCCUGUCUGGCUUCUUCUUCUGCUCCCAUGCCUCCUCAGAGCGCAGGUGACUCCAGACUCCACAGCAGGAGGAGUCACAGUGAGGGCAGACAACACCACUGACUUUUCUACAAACAGCACAGGAAGCCCAGAGGUUUCCCCCUCUGGCUCCUUCAGACCCCCGGAGCCUUCUGGGUUUGCAGGGACGCCUUCAGUAGCUUCCACAGUGCAGGAAGAUGACUGGUCCCCCGCAGAGACCUUCCUGUACACUGCAGACCCGUCCACUGUGGAGGCAGCACGCUGCUCACGGGCGUACAGCCUGCCGCCGCAGACCAGAUCCCUGCCCGCCAGCUUUAGUGCCCCCCUGCGGCCCGCUAUGGACGUGCUGGCCAACACGGCCAACUUCCUCAACAUGAUCUUCCAGGCGAGCGACCUGCGGGAGAGCACGGUGCAGGAGGACAUGGAGUGGUACCACGCCAUGGUCCGCGCCCUCCUGGAGGCGGACCUGAUCAUCCGGCGGGCCCUGCUCACCUUCGACGCCGACCCGACCUCCCCGGUGCCGCAGCUGGUCCUCUGUGCCUCCCGCAACCCGGCGGCGAAGGUUCAGACCAUCAUCCUCCAGGACUUGUCCAAGGCCUGGGAGAGCCUGCACCCGCCGGCGCCGGCCCCCGACGACAGCUGGUUCAGGAGCUUUAAGUUCCCGGAGCCCAACCAGCCGACGGCGGGCCUGUCCAAGCGGGUGCUCCUCAACGACCUCAGCACCUUGGACACGCCCAAGUGGAGGCAGGGCGACAGCUACGUGACCAAUCACAGCGGGGUGCGCUGGGCCAGCGCCCCCUUCCUCGACUGUGAGGACGGACUGUUCAUCCCCGGCUGGACGCUCACCCUGUCCGCAUCCUUCUACGGCCUCAAGCCUGACCUCACACCAGAGUUCAGAGGUGUGAUCCGUGUGGACGUCAACAUUCAGGACAUCGACUUGGACCAAUGUACGAGCGGAGACGGCUGGUUUGCUGAUACUCACCAAUGCAACCGCACCACCAUGGAGUGCAUACCAACUCCCGGCCGAGGCUUUCGGCUCGGUCAGUACUGCUGCCGCUGCAGAGAAGGUUACUACAACCCGGACAUACUACCGCAAGACUCAGGUGUCGGUGCAGAUGGUGGCCCUCUGAACGGGACUGAUGGCGGCGGCGGCGGCGGCAGUACGUGCUACCCGAACAUGCCCAUCUGUCUGCCGUGCUGGCCGGGCUGCAAGAGCUGCCAGGACGGCUCCCCCUGCUGGGUGCAGGAGGCCUGGCUCCUCCGGGGCGGCGUGCUGGCCGUCCAGGGCAUCUUCAUGCUCCUCAUCUUUGUCAGCAUGCUGGCAGCCUACAGGCAUCGCCGGAGCCGGAGGAUCCGGGCGUCCGGCCUCCUGCUGCUGGAGACGAUCCUGUUUGGCUCUCUGCUCCUCUACUUCCCGGUGUUCAUCAUGUACUUCAAGCCGAGCACAUUCAGGUGUAUUCUGCUCCGCUGGGUCCGAAUGCUCGGUUUCUCCAUCGUGUACGGGACAGUUACUCUGAAGAUGUACAGGGUGCUGAAGGUGUUCCUCUCGCGCACCGCCCAGAGGGUCCCCUACAUGUCAAGCCUCCACCUGCUGAGGAUCCUGGGCGUGAUGCUGAUGACGGUCAGCUGGUUCCUGUGUGCGUGGACGGUGGGCGUUCUGCAGAACCGCGACAGGAACAUCCCUGUGUUCGUCACCACCACCACUUCAGACGGCCAGGGCUUCAACCUGUGCUACCUGGAUCGCUGGGACUACAUGAUGGCUGUGGCUGAGCUUCUGUUCCUGUGCUGGGGCAGCUCCCUGUGGACUGCUGUCAGGCCGGUCCCCUCAGCCUUCCAUGAGCCUCGAUACAUGGGCAUCGCCAUCCACAACGAGCUGCUUCUCUCCUCCAUGUUUCACCUGUUCAGGUUCACCUUUCCCUCUCUGCACCCUGAUUGGAUGCUGCUGCUCUCCUUCACACACACCCAUGUGACCAUUACUGUGACACUCGCCCUGCUCUUCAUUCCCAAGUUUCUUUAUGUGUCGAAGCCGCGGAGAGAGGAGAUUGCAGCCGAGGUGUACGAAGACGAAGUGGACCUGCGGCGCUCCGGCUCGUACCUCAACAGCAGUUUUCACUCUGCUUGGAGUGAACACAGCGGAGUCGACCCGGAUGACUUUCGGGAUGAACUGAAGAAGUUAUAUGCCCAGUUAGAAGUCCACAAGACCAAGAAGAUGACCGCCAACAACCCUCACCUGUCAAAGAAGCGAAGCUCCCGAUGUGCACUGGGGAGAUCCAUUAUUAGACGCAUUGCCGAGAUCCCUGAGAGCAUGAGCCGACAGUGCAGUCGUGAGGACAAAGAUGGAUCCUUCCGCAGUAGAAACAGCAUGAAUCAGUCCGGGUCAUUCAGGAGGGCCCCAGAUACCGUCAGUAUCAGCUACAGAAGUUCAAUGAAAUCCUUAUCACCAUCGCCAUCCAUGCGCAAGUCCCAAAGUGAUCAUCAAUACGUCAGGGAAAGAGACCCUUCCCUGCGUGACUCCAUGUUAAAAGCAAACGCUGUGAAGAGAAAUUCCCGCCGAUCUGAGACAGAUUCCUUGGAUAUCCCCCCAGGGGUCUGUAAAUCGGCCAGUGCCCAAAAUCUGACAAUUGAUACCAAUCUGCUGCAUCCUGAUCACACCCGGCUUCAUAAAUCCUGGAGUCUAACCUCCACUACCACCCAUUCCAUGGAGAACAUAGCCAAGGUUAACAGGGCCGGCACAGUGGUGACAAAGUCCAGGCAGAGCAUUUCCAUUAGUGACCAGACCAGGAGUGCACUCCAGUCAGAGUCAUUUGACAAGUCUGAGGUCUGUCCGUGGGAGGUGGAGCCAGAACAAUCGGUGGACAAGAACCAGAAGCACGUCACCUAUGCAAACUCAGAGGAUUGUGAGGUCCAAACGCCAACAUCUCCAAAUGCGCUCGUCUGUCCCUGGGAACAUUUACCACCUGUAGAAAAGCAGCCUUCAGAGGACAAGGGAUUGGGUGAAACUGAGUCCCCCAAACCACAGCCCCCUGUGUCUGCAAGUGCACCAGGCACUCCAAGACCAAAAUUCACAAAAGAUCAACGCAUCUUCUCCUUCCGCACCGCUUCCAGUAAGUGGCUCUCCGUGAAAGCAGCUAUGGGAUCCAUGGAUGGGGGAAGCAGGUCUAGUCAGGAGGGAAAUCUGAAUAAAGAUGAUUGUAUUUCACAAAAAAGUCAAGAAAGUGCUUCCACAACACCGAGAUUGGGAUCAUCAAGUAGACGUCCAAGCAUGGAGAAGAGGUCUCUGCAGAAAAGAAGUAUGACCGCCACUGACAAGCCAUGCCUCGUGAAGCAGAAUGCCAUCAGACUUUCCUCUGGGGAUUCUUCCGACAGAAGCCCAAGAAGACUUGUGAUUAUGAAAUCUGCGGUCUACCCUUGGGACAUGGAUGAUAUGCAAAAAGACGGCACUUACGAAAAUGUAUUUUUAUCCAGGCAGAACAGCAAACGUAGUAGUAUAAGUUCUUGGGAAACUGCUAGCUCCUGCAGAACUCCUUCAACUCACAGAAGAGGUAGUAAUCGGAUUACUCCAGUCCGCAAUAUUUCCUAUACAGAUGUGUGUCCGUGGGAUGGAGCUGGUACUUCCCAGGAUGGAGAGGGUCUAAAGAAGCAGCAGAGCAUUAAAGCGGACGUCUGCCCUUGGGAAUCACAGGCUGAACCAUCCAAUGUAUGUCCAUGGGAAUCUCAAGAGCACGGAAAUGUGAGAAGACAAGGCAGUGGCCGUGGUGAUGCGUGUCCUUGGGAAUCACAAGAUAUUCCAGUUAUUUGUUAUACUAACACGUCUAGAGAUUUACAGACACAACAGUCUUCGAAACUUUCAGCAGAUGUGUGUCCCUGGGACACUGCAGAAAGUCCCAAACCUUCAUUAAAACAAGACAAUGAAUAUGCCAACGUUUGUCCUUGGGAUGUUCAGGACAAAGCUGAAGUUGUUUAUGAAAACCUAAAUCCUAUGGAGACCAAAGGAUCUCUGUCGGUGCCCCUUCGACAAGAAAUUCUGAAACCUGCCGUCUAUCCUGGUUCAUCAAAAGAAAGUAAUGAGCAGCAACAGCAUGCAAAAUCACCUGCCUUGCAAGUGACCAAGGCACCAGAAAGUUGUCCAUGGGACUUCCCAGAUCCCCCUAAUAUCCCAGCAGACAUUUGUCCAUGGGAAGAGGGGAACAAAGAGCCAACAAAUACAGGUUUACCUACACAAAUGACCAUCAAGGUAGAUGUCUGUCCCUGGGAGACUGGUAAUCAAGACCCUCCAGAAGACCCACAUAAAGGUGUCUCAACUUUUAAAGCUUCUUCCAUUCAGACUGACGGGAAGGAUGGCACAAGAGUCAACGUAUGUCCCUGGGAAAAUGACCCUCCUGAAAAGACUGCAGUUACAAAGAUGGUGUCACAAGGACAAGAAAGUUCUGCUGAUGUUUGUCCGUGGGAUGUACCAGAUGUACCAGAAUCAGGGAAGCCACAGACCCCCAAAACAUCAGAGACCCCUGUGAGGCAAAACACAGCCCGAGCAAAUGUUUGUCCAUGGGAUGCAGAGGAAGUAGAGCCAAUCAAAGCUGAAGUAUCAAAAGCACCAGAAAAGUUACAAAGACGAGAAAAUUCCCGGGAAGAUGUUUGUCCAUGGGAUACAGAAGCCCCAAAAGUUCUCAUGAAGCAAGAUAGCGCUCGAACAAAUGUUUGUCCAUGGGAAACUGAUGAGCCCAAAGUUCUCAAAAAGCAAGAAAGUGCUCGUUCUGACGUUUGUCCGUGGGAAACAGAAGAGCCAAACGAUCUCAAAAAGACAGAAAGCGUUCGGGCAGAUGCUUGUCCAUGGGAAACAGAAGAGCCAAAUGCUCUAAAAAAGAAUGAAAGUGUUCGGGCAGAUGCUUGUCCAUGGGAAACAGAAGAGCCAAAUGCUCUAAAAAAGAAUGAAAGUGUUCGGGCAGAUGCUUGUCCAUGGGAAACAGAAGAGCCAAAAGUUCUCAAAAAGCAAGAAAGUGCUCGUUCUGAUGUUUGUCCGUGGGAAACAGAAGAGCCAAAAGUUCUCCAAAAGCAAGACAGUGCUCGGGCGGAUGUCUGUCCAUGGGAAACUGAAGAGCCAGAAGUUGUAAAAAAGCAAGACAGCACCGGAGGAGACAUCUGUCCCUGGGACUCUCAGGUUCCACAAAGCCCAACUGGAAGCAAAGUCGACAUACCCUGCAGUGACCAAGACGAAGUCCCAGAGAACCAGGGGACAUACAGUGUCGAAGAGACUCCAGCAAAUACCAGCACCGAGCAGAUGGAUGAGUCCAAGGAAAACUUAGCCCUGGGCCGGAGGGAUGCUUUGUGUCCCUGGGAGAUGUCAAGGAGCCACUCUGGUUCAUUCACAGACAAUACCUCAGACGUCUUUACAUGGGAGCCGGAGAAUAUCCCUGAGGAAGACGAAGACGACGAUGCAGAAUUUGCAGCUGAGGCUCUUGUAUUUCCACCGGAUUUGUGAUGUAAAAAUCAAGCCAGCUUCUGCUUUCCCUUCCUGCUAAAUGAAGGAGGAUGUGAACUCUACAUAAAACCAUUUGUUCAUGGUCAAGGGUACUUUGUUUUUAGCUUUCCAAGAGUAAAGGGUCAGCUCCUCUACAGCCAGUAGAGCUGACUUGAGCCAAUUAAAAGUUAUUUCAGUUUGGAAUAACCAAACAGACCAUGCCGUUGUCUUACAAAGAAGCGUGCAGUAAAGACUUGAUGGACACAAUAAGUUGUGCAAACCUGACUGACAAUAA